AUGGAGGACGUGUGCGAGGGGAAGGACUUCUCCUUCCCGUUGGAGGAGCAGCGCGUCCUCGAGCUGUGGUCCAAGCUCGACGCCUUCCACGAGCAGCUCCGCCGCACGGAGGGCGGGGAGGAGUUCAUCUUCUACGACGGCCCCCCCUUCGCGACCGGCCUCCCGCACUACGGCCACAUCCUCGCCGGCACCAUCAAGGACGUGGUGACCCGGCACCAGUCGAUGCGGGGGCGGCACGUGAUGCGGCGCUUCGGGUGGGACUGCCACGGCCUCCCCGUCGAGUUCGAGAUCGACAAGCUCCUCGGCAUCACCAACCGCCAGCAGGUGCUCGACCUCGGCAUCGCCAAGUACAACGAGACCUGCCGCGGCAUCGUCACCAAGUACGUCGCCGAGUGGGAGGCCGUCGUCACGCGCACCGGCCGGUGGAUCGACUUCAAGGCCGACUACAAGACCAUGGACAUCAACUUCAUGGAGACCGUCUGGUGGGUCUUCGGCCAGCUCUGGGACAAGGACCUCGUCUACAAGGGCUUCAAGGUGAUGCCUUACAGCACAGGUUGCAAAACUGCACUAUCAAACUUCGAGGCAGGCCUGGACUAUAGGACCGUCCCAGACCCAGCAGUGAUGGCGUCUUUCCCUGUUGUUGGUGAUGCGGACAAUGCAGCUCUCGUUGCAUGGACUACAACGCCUUGGACACUCCCAAGCAACCUAGCAUUGUGUGUCAAUGCCAAUCUUGUGUAUGCCAAGGUUAAGGACAAGUCAAAUGGAACAGUAUACAUCAUUGCAGAAAGUAGGCUCGGGCAGUUGCCAGUUAAAGCCAAAGCUUCUGGAAAGAAACAAGCACCUUCUAAGGGAAGCAAUGCUGAAGCUGUCCAGGGUGGUUUGGAUACUGAAUCAUAUGAAUUAUUGGCGAAGAUUCCUGGCUCAAGCCUAGUAGGCCUAAAAUACACUCCUCUGUUUGAUUUUUUCUUGGAGCUUCAAGACACUGCCUUUAGGGUGAUUGCCGAUAACUAUGUGACUGAUGAUAGUGGAACCGGUGUUGUCCAUUGUGCUCCUGCAUUUGGUGAAGAUGAUCAUCGCGUUUGCCUUAGUGCUGGAAUUAUUGAGGCUAGUGGACUUGUUGUCGCUGUUGAUGAUGAUGGUCACUUCAUUGAGAAGAUAUCUCAGUUCAAAGGGCGACAUGUCAAAGAGGCUGACAAGGAUAUCAUCAAUGCUGUUAAGGAUAAAGGAAGACUUGUUAGCAAAGGGAGCAUUGAGCACUCUUAUCCGUAUUGUUGGCGCUCGGGCACUCCUCUUAUUUACCGGGCUGUUCCAAGCUGGUUUAUCAAGGUUGAAAAGAUCAGGGAUCAGUUACUAGAAUGCAACAAGGAGACCUACUGGGUUCCAGAUUAUGUCAAGGAAAAGAGAUUCCAUAACUGGCUAGAAGGUGCUAGGGACUGGGCUGUUAGCAGAAGUAGAUUCUGGGGUACUCCACUUCCAGUGUGGAUCAGCCAAGAUGGUGAAGAAAUUGUAGUUAUGGAUUCCAUUGAGAAACUUGAAAGAUUAUCUGGCGUCAAGGUUAAUGAUCUUCACCGCCACCAUGUUGAUGAUAUUACAAUUCCUUCUAGCAGAGGACCAGAGUUUGGGGUUCUCAAGCGCGUUGAGGAUGUUUUUGACUGCUGGUUUGAGAGUGGGUCCAUGCCAUAUGCCUACAUUCAUUAUCCAUUUGAGAAUCGUGAACUAUUUGAGAAGAAUUUCCCUGGGAACUUUGUGGCUGAGGGCUUGGACCAAACACGUGGAUGGUUUUAUACUUUGAUGGUGUUAUCAACGGCAUUAUUUGGGAAGCCUGCUUUUAAGAAUCUUAUAUGCAAUGGUCUUGUUUUGGCAGAGGAUGGGAAGAAAAUGAGCAAGAGUAAACAGAAUUACCCUUCACCUAUGGAAGUCAUUGAUGAAUACGGAGCGGAUGCUUUAAGACUGUAUUUGGUGAAUUCUCCAGUUGUACGUGCGGAGUCUCUACGAUUUAAAAGGAUUGGUGUUUUUGGUGUUGUGAAAGAUGUCUUCCUCCCAUGGUAUAAUGCUUAUAGAUUUCUUGUCCAAAAUGCAAAGAGGCUUGAAGUUGAGGGUUUGACAGCAUUUUCUCCAAUUGAUCAAGCUUCACUUCGGAAGUCAUCCAAUGUAUUAGAUCACUGGAUACAUUCUGCAACUGAAAGUCUGGUUAGCUUUGUUCAUCAGGAGAUGGAUGCAUAUCGGCUUUACACGGUUGUGCCAUAUUUGGUAAAAUACAUUGACAAUCUUACCAAUAUAUAUGUGCGCUUCAACCGCAAACGGUUAAAAGGACGUACUGGAGAAGAAGACUGCAAAAUUUCUCUUUCAACUCUCUACCAUGCACUUGUAACAACUUGUGUGGCGAUGGCUCCAUUUACGCCCUUCUUUACUGAAGUUCUUUACCAAAAUCUGCGGAAAGCGUCAAGUAAAUCAGAGCAGAGCAUUCAUUUUUGCAGUUUCCCUUCCACAACUGGGGAGAGAGAUGAGCGUGUUGAGCGAAGUGUAACUAGGAUGAUGACCAUCAUUGAUCUUGCGCGCAAUAUUCGGGAACGGCACAGCAAAGCUCUCAAAACGCCACUGAAGGAGAUGGUGGUUGUUCACCCUGACAGUGAAUUUCUUGAAGACAUCACUGGAAAACUGAAAGAGUAUGUCAUGGAGGAGAUGAAUGUUAAGACUGUGACUCCAUGUAAUGAUCCCAUGAAGUAUGCUUCUCUGCGGGCAGAACCCAAUUUUAGUGUGCUAGGUAAAAGACUAGGAAAGGACAUGGGCAAAGUAUCAAAUGAAGUGAAGAAAAUGACCCAGGAGCAAAUCUUAUCCUUUGAGCAAAGCGGAAAGAUUUCGUUCCUUGGUCAUUGCCUGACGCUAGACGAUAUUAAGGUGGUCCGACAGUUCAAGCGUCCUGUGGAUGUAUCAGAGAAGGAAAUUGAUGCCGCGGGAGAUGGUGAUGUGUUGGUCAUUUUGGAUCUCAGAGCCGAUCAAUCAUUGAUCGAAGCUGGGGUGGCUCGAGAGGUUGUAAACAGAAUCCAGAAAUUACGGAAGACUGCUCAGCUUGAACCUACAGACUUAAUUGAUGUGUACUAUGAGUCUGUAGACAAGAACAGCAAUACACUUGAACAAAUUUUGCAGUCACAGGAUCAGUAUAUUAGGGACGUGCUUGGUAAUUCACUAGUUCCAAAGGCAGCGGCAACAUCAGAUAUGGUUGUCAUCUGCGAGGAGUCUCAUACUGUACAUGACAUGUCAUUUGUCAUCUACAUUGCAAGAUGCAUGCCUGUGCUCGCAGCUGAUCUCCUUUCCUACGCCUCAGGCAACAGUAACCACGUUGAGGCGUUGAGAGUGUAUUUGCUGUCGAGGUCCAUUUCCAGAUUGAAGAACGAAUUCCAGACUGGAAAUGGCAAGAUUACGGUCAAGUGCAUCGAAGGCUAUCCCCCAAUUGAUCUGCUGCUAGGGAAGCAUGUUUUCCUUGGCGCUGGCGAUUUUUACCAGGCUAAUCGCUCCUGA